AGAGACACUAUAGGCAAUACGUGUGAUAAACGGGGAACGAGCUUUCCUGUAAAAAAAUUUAUUUUUGUUCUCUUACGGAACAAACAAUUAAGUUAGUUAAAAAUAUUUGAAAAAAAUAGUAUUUAAAUUAAAAAAAGACAAAAUGGUUAUUACUGUGUAUAUUAGUGGUAUCAGUGGCAAUAAAGAGGUUAAAAAACGACAACAAAGAGUACAAAUGAUUUUAGAAUCGAAAAAUGUAGAAUAUGAAGCGAUAGACAUAGCUGAACCUGAUCGACAAGCAGAACGAGAUCGUGUAAAACAUUGUGGACCCAAUCUACCUGCCUUACCACCACAAAUAUUCAAUGGUGACGAAUAUUGUGGAGAUUAUGAUCAAUUCGAUUUAGCAAACGAAACAGAUGAAUUGGAAAAAUUUCUAAAACUUCCUAUUCCAAAUAAUGUAACAAAUACAAAUAUAGUUAACGACACGGAAAGAAUAUCACCGGUCAAAGAAAAUUCUGAGGUACCGACUGAAAAUGGUGAAGGUGAUAAAAAAGAGAAUUCACCACCACCUAAAGAAGAAGAACCUGAACCAGAACCUGCUAAAGUUGAAGAAGAUAAACCUAAAGAAGAUGAAACACCAGCGGAGGAAAAUAAUGUAAUAACGGAAAGUAAAGUUGCCGAACAAGAUGAAGCAACCGAAGAAACUCCUGCUGAUGAUGAAGAAUAAAAUCUAACGAAGGUUUUGGGAUAAUUUUUACGAACUUUUUUUUUGCUACGAAUAUAUUAUAUACAAUUUAAUAAUCUCGACUGUCUCUUUUUAAUGCCAAAUUUUAAUCUAAACAUAAUAUACCAAGAAACAAUAAACAAUGGAACAUGGCGGCGGUUGGGUGAUUUUCAAUUCAUUUUAAAAACUAUUAAUAGUAAUUUUAAUACAUCUCUUUUAAAUUCAUUAGAUCAUUUUAUUGUACGAGAAAUAUGUGAUAAAGAAAUAAACUGCCUGCUUAAGAUAAAACUAAAGUAUUUCUAAUAAAAACAAUGGCACUAAAACAAAUUAGCCUAGCUCAUUUAAUUUUAUUAAAAAACACAUCACACAAAUAUGAAAAUUUUUUAAUCAUUGCUUAUUUAAAAAACAACUCGCUUUUCAUUUUUAAAUCAUUAGAUAAUUUAUUAUUUUUUUUAAUCACUUCAAUUCAACUAUUUAUUCUAUGCAAAAAAACUAGCACAUGUGUAUUUUGAUAAGAGGUUAAAAUAUUCUUUCGUUUUUAUUUUGAAUGGAAAACAAAUC